AUGUCAUCGGCGCAGGCGCCCGUGCAGGACUCACCUACAUCUGCGCCCGCUGUGACGAGUAAGAAGGACUACAAGGGUUUCGUGGCGGGUGUGUUUUCCGGAAUUACAAAGCUGAGUGUUGGCCAUCCAUUCGAUACCGUCAAGGUCCGCCUUCAGACCAGCAAAGAUGGACAUUUCAAGGGACCAUUGGAUUGCACACUACAGACAGUGCGGAAAGAAGGUGUGAGAGGCUUUUACAAGGGUGCUACCCCGCCGCUGGUCGGAUGGAUGGUCAUGGACUCCGUCAUGCUUGGCUCAUUGACGCUCUACCGGCGGCUACUGCUCGAGAACGUCUUUUCUCAAUCUCAUUUACGCUCUUAUAUCCCAUUCUGCCGCAGCCAACCUGAUCUGAAGACCCUCCCAUCCUUUGGUCACGGUAUUGCGGGUAUCAUGGCCGGCACAACCGUCUCUUUUAUCGCUGCGCCCGUCGAACACAUCAAGGCCCGGCUUCAAGUUCAGUACGCCGCGGACAAGACCAAGCGCAUGUAUAGCGGCCCGAUUGACUGUCUCCGCAAGAUUCUUAGCACACAUGGCAUUCGCGGCGUUUACCGCGGACUCUUUGCAACCAUCCUAUUCCGAUCCUUUUUCUUCUUUUGGUGGGGCUCAUACGACGUUCUCACACGCUACAUGAAACAAAACACCAACAUGUCCGCGCCCCUAAUAAACUUCUGGGCAGGCGGAAUCUCCGCCCAGAUUUUCUGGCUCACCUCGUACCCCUCGGACGUGGUGAAACAACGACUCAUGGUUGACCCGAUGGGCGGCAAACUUAAUGACGGACCGAGGCAGUUCCGAGGCUGGAAGGACGCAGCACGGACUGUCUUCCAGGAGCGUGGCUGGCGAGGAUACUGGCGCGGAUUUGUACCCUGCUUCCUCAGAGCAUUCCCGGCGAAUGCGAUGGCCUUGGUGGCAUUUGAGGGAGUGAUGCGGAUGAAUUUCUGA